CCUAAAUCAGUUCAAAACACCUUCUUUCUUCCUCCAUUUUCGAGCUCCAAAGGUCUUAGAGAGAGAGAAACUUCAAAUCUUCAUAUCUUCUUCAUUUUAGCUCCAAAUUGUCCCACCUGUACACAUUUGAUCUGAUGGUGAUAUACUCAAUGUAGCUGAAGAGAAUCACCAAGAUAUCACACUCUCUGUUUACCACCAACAGCUCUCUGAUGGGACAAAAUUUACCUGCAAGGAAAACGAUCUAUAUAUGCUCAAAAUGGAUGACAUCUAUCAGAUGUAUCUAGCAUUCCAAGAACUUCCCGUUGUUCGCGACAGAUCUACACAAGAUGGCUUCGAUGCACUCAAGCGCUUCAUGAUCAGACAGAUCAAAUUCUUUGCCUCCCAUGAUCUUCAAAUGGCUCUAGAAACCAAUCUGCCAAAGACAGAUCUCUCAAGACCAAAGAUGUACGGACCAGAGCUUGAAGAUUAUCCUACAUAUUACAUCUUUGACAGCCCGGUCACACUCAUCUAUUUGAACCACAAUGGUGAGAAGCGUAUGAUGUUUAUUGAUGAGCUCAAUAAGUACUGUGAUGGGACACGGAAGACCGUGAAACAAAAAUUACAACCAAUCAGAAAAGAAUUUGAAGAAAGGCAACAGAAGUAUGCAGAUGCAACGGAUGCCGAACUAACAGAGUCAAACAGAAUCGACAAAGUGUUGAAAGCAAUCGAGAAGCAGCUUGACAGAAGAAGGUCACUCAAAAACUACGAGCACGCGCUGAAUCUUCGCAAGCACUAUUACAGAGCUCAGAAACAAGAGAUACCCAAGCAAGACGACAAUUGAUCACAAAGGGGGAGAUUGUUAGAACUAUUUUAAUUGUGAAUCAAGUUUGUCUUUAUGUCUUCUUUUAAUUAGUAUAGUUUACCAUUUAUGGUAUCAAUAAAUAUGUAAUAAUUAGGUUGUAAGGGAAUAAGGCCCAAAAAGGGUUUAGGCCCAAACUCCUAGGUUACCACUUUAGGAACCUGCACUACGCCUAUAAAAUAUGUGCGUUGGUGUACAGGUCUAGAGGUCGAUCAUUCUAUUCCGUAGCAUCACUCUGUAAAAUUCUUCUCGAUAAAUAGAAAGAAGGUUUCUCUGUUCUCG